AUGUCAGGCAAGCACGUCCUUCUUACCGGGGCCAAUGGCUUCGUCGCAUCCCACAUUCUCGCUAUCCUCGUCGACGAGGGAUAUACUAUCACCGCGACGGUGCGAUCGCAAGAAAAGGCCAAGGAGGUCCUCCGGACCCACCCCGAAUGGGAAGGCAAAAUCAAUUUCGCCAUCGUCACGGACUUUACCUCUGAGAAACCCUUCGAUAUUCUCUUCCAAAAUGCGACUCCUCCCUUCGACUAUGUGAUCCACGCGGCGUCGCCGGUGCACUUCCAGGUAAAUGAUAUCCAGAAGGAUGUGAUUGAGCCAGCGGAGCUGGGGACGACGGAGAUCUUGAAAGCCGCAGCACGUCAUGGAGGCCCCACUCUGAAGCGCUUCAUCGUACUUAGCAGUGCAGUCACCGUGCUCGACUCAUUCGAGGACAUGACAAAGGAGGGGGAGCCCUACACCGAGAAGGACUGGAACCCGGUCACAGCCGAGCAAGCCAUCGAGAAAAACGACGCUGUCCUCGGCUACAACGUGUCCAAGAUCCGAGCGGAAGCAGCCGCGUGGGAAUUCAUGAAAGCGAACUCCCCCCAGUUCGACCUCGUCGUCAUCAACCCGGACAUCAUCACUGGGCCCAUGCUCCACCCCAUCCGAGGGCCCCAAAACAUCAACGAGACGAACCAGUUUGCUAUCGCGAACUUUCUCAACGGGACUUAUUCCCAGAUCGAGGGUGUCGCUUUUCCAUUCUACCACUUCGUGGACGUACGCGACGUCGCACGCAGCCACGUCGACUCGCUGACCAACCCCGCUGCCGCAAACCAGCGCAUCGUGCUCGUCGCCGAGCUGAUCACGCCGCAGCUGAUCGCGAACACUAUCCGGAAGCAUUUCCCCUCGCUGCGCGAUCGGGUUCCCGAGGGUGCGCCUUCGCAGAUCUUGCCGCCUGGGGUGCAUCCCACUGGCUGGGAUCUUCAUGUCAGUACUGAUAUCCUGGCUAAGGGGACGAAGGGCGGCAAGUGGCAGUAUAAGGACUUGGAGUCUAGUGUUGUUGAUGCGGUGCAGUCGAUGAUUGACAACAAGGUCAUCUAGACAUAGGUGAGGGUGUAGUAUAUGUAUUUUUAUGCGUUAAAUGUGGUUUGGAACAUUUUUCUACGGGUUGGUGGGUCAACAUGGUCGGGGAAUAAAAGUCAGCGGGAG